UCAAGAGCUCGCUUAUGCUUCCUUUAAUGUAGCAGCUCCCCCCUCCCUCCCCUUUUUCAAUUGCAGCGUUAAAAACACACACACACUCAUACACACACACACACGCACACACGCACACACACGCACACACACCCACACACACGCCAUCCUUCCCGCAGUGUGGGAGCUCCAAGCUGCUGUCUCAACACAACCAUGUGAUUGUUGGCCGCUUUUUCGCUUUUUUUUUUUGCUUUGUUUUUGGGGCUGGGACGGCGUGAGGUGCUCCUCAUGGAUGCUCGGAGCAGACCUCCGGAGAGCCGAGCAGCAGCAGCAGCACCACGUCACCCCGAGAGGCAGCGGUGUUGGAGAGCAGCAAUGGUCAAGUCAGCGAGAACCGCAGUGGAGCCGCACUGAGGCAAAUCCAGCCAAGCAGCCCCUGGUGUCCCGGGGGUGAGGGGGGGUUCCCAGCACUUUAAGGGGCGCAGGAAGCUGAGGACGUCCAAAUCUUUCCCCCCAAAACUCAGAUUAUUCCGCAUCCCCGCCGCAAGAUGACGGUGGUAUCAGGAGACAACGUGGACGAGACCUCGGCCGUGCCCGGCCACCCCCAGGACGCCUACCCGCCCCCGGACCACAACGACCACGAGUGCUGCGAGAGGGUGGUCAUCAACAUCGCCGGCCUCAGGUUUGAAACCCAGCUGAAAACUCUAUCGCAGUUUCCCGAGACGCUGCUGGGCAACCAAAAGCGCAUGCGCUACUUCGACCCCCUGCGGAACGAGUACUUCUUCGACCGGAACAGGCCCAGCUUCGACGCCAUCCUCUACUACUACCAGUCCGGGGGUCGGCUGCGGAGACCCGUUAACGUCCCCUUGGAUAUGUUCUCGGAGGAGAUCAAGUUCUACGAGCUGGGGGUGGACGCCAUGGAGAGGUUCAGAGAAGACGAGGGGUUCAUUCGGGAGGAGGAGCGCCCCCUGCCGGAGAAGGAGUUCCAGCGUCAGAUCUGGCUACUCUUUGAGCACCCGGAGAGCUCGGGUACCGCCAGGGGGAUCGCCAUUGUGUCGGUGAUGGUCAUCUUGAUUUCCAUUGUCAUAUUUUGUUUGGAGACUCUACCGCAACUGAAGGAGGACCCUAGGGGUCACUUGGAGACUGUGGGCAACAUCACCAUUUACUAUAAACCCAACAUUCUCACUGACCCAUUCUUCAUCAUCGAGACUCUCUGCAUCAUCUGGUUCUCCUUUGAGUUGAUUGUGCGCUUCCUGGCAUGUCCCAGCAAGCCGGCCUUCUUCAAGAACAUGAUGAACACCAUUGACAUUGUGGCCAUCAUUCCCUACUUCAUCACGCUGGGCACCGAGCUGGCCGAAGACCCCGACGCCGAAGGGGUCGGGGAGCAGGCAACGUCUCUGGCUAUUCUCAGGGUGAUCCGUCUGGUCAGGGUGUUUCGGAUCUUCAAGCUGUCCCGACACUCCAAAGGACUGCAGAUCUUGGGGCAGACCCUCAAGGCCAGUAUGCGGGAGCUGGGACUGCUCAUCUUCUUCCUAUUUAUCGGGGUCAUCUUGUUCUCCAGCGCCGUCUUCUUCGCAGAGGCCGAGGAGCAGGAUUCACAAUUCGGGAGCAUCCCGGACGCCUUCUGGUGGGCGGUGGUGUCCAUGACCACCGUGGGCUACGGGGACAUGGUGCCGGUCACCAUCGGGGGAAAGAUUGUGGGGUCUCUGUGCGCCAUCGCCGGUGUGUUAACCAUUGCCCUCCCCGUGCCCGUCAUUGUGUCCAACUUCAACUACUUCUACCACCGGGAGACGGAGGGCGAGGAGCAGGCGCAGCUGCUCAACGUCAGCAACCCCAACAUCCCGUCUGACACCAACUCCAGCCGCCGAAGUUCGUCCGUGGUCAGCAAAUCAGAGUACAUGGAGAUCGACGGCGACCUUAACAACAGCAUCGACAACUUUAGGGAGGCCAACCUGAGAACUGGCAACUGCACUAUAGCCAACCAGAACUGUGUGAACAAGAGCAAGCUUCUUACAGACGUUUAGCUAGCGAGACUUUGGAGGGGUUAGCUUCCCUCAGGGCGCGUUCACACUUGUCACCUUUGCUUCCGUCAAAACCAAGUCUGGUGCGUUUGCUUUGGUCGGUUGGGGUCAAAUGUGAACCUGAUCACUGGAACCCACACAAGUUGACCCAAGCCCGCUUGAGCUCAAAUGUGAAUGCUACACGGACCAAAUGACAAAUAUGUCUAAGCUCUGCUCCCCCUCUGUAUGUGUCUCUAAGAGUACAUCUCAAAAAUAACCCUGCAGUUUGAAAGCUCGGAGUCCAUUGAAGUCCUUGCUUCAAACUACUGCUGUCAAAGGACUACAAACAUCUGAUUAAUUACACUUUUGAAUCUGGAUUAAUCAUGAGCGUCUAUAGUCAAAACGAUGAUUCAUGCCUCUGUGAUUGGUCACUUGAGUUCACUACUUCACUGUCCUGGGUCACGUGACAAAAACACCAGCGUGACCGCUAAGCCAACUGCACCAAAGUCCACACUGACGGUUAUGGAUGUUUUUGUACUGAAGCGCAAGUGUGAACGCAGCCGGAGGCUUUCGUUAGGCCUCAUCUCAGUAGACGCUGUUAGAGUAGUUAGAUAGGCUAAUGAAUUCUCCCCCUCCCGCAAGUAUGUACCUCCCCUCUCCAAAACGCUACUGAUAACCUCACGCAGGUGUUAGGACGCAGAGCACACAGCAGGCAAUAUACUGCAUGGACACGCACGCUUCUGCAGCCAUGCGGCUUUCCCAAAAAAGAAGAAGCCAGCCAUCCAUCGUCCUCCACUCCCCCGCACCCACUCUUUGAAGGAUCUAAAAGCACCUUAUAGGAGGAAGACCGAUCUGGAUGUAAACACCCCCCCCCCCCCCUCCCAACCUGCUCCCCCCCUCCCCUUCCUGGAUAUCCGCAGUGGAAUCGUGCAGAUGACAGAGAACCACAGGCUUUAACGCAUGAUGACUUGACUUUCCAUUGGGACGCAUGCAGUGACACGUACCGCACUCGCCCGUGUCGGGUGACCCCCCCCCCCCCCACCGCCCCCUCCAGGUUUUCACACUCUAACACCAGACGAGGGUUUGAUUUGCCACAUUUAGAGACGUGAAUGGGAACACGCCAGAUCAUAGCAUGAUGAGGAACCUGCAUUAUGGUCUUUGGACAAGGGUUGUACCCUGGCAUAUUUAUUAAUGCAUGACAUGAGUAAGCAAGCUUGUUGCAACUCAGGCACUCUGCAGUGUCCUUUUUGUCUUCGGUCAGGGAAAAGGGAAGGAAAUCCAAUCCUUGCAUCGCAUUCAGAUAUAGCCAGAAUCUAACGAGUACUUAACGAGACUAAAUAACCAUUUAAUGAUAAGUGAGCUCCAAUAGCGCCGUGCAUGAGACAAUUAACCGUGCUUCCACUAAAUUGACUUAUUGGGAUGAUUCUGACUGCUAUGAGUUGCUAGUGCCUUUAUUCCACUCACCACCAGGACCAGUGGAAGUGCCUCUCAAGUCGUAAAAAGGAUGUGUGAGGUCGAGCAGAGCUGGUUGAGACGUGGGGUGUAUUAAUAAUAAUGUGAGCCAUGAGUGGGUGAAAAAAAAAAAAACGCACAAGCUGGUUUUCAUGCCCUCGCCGCUUAACGAAGCAGCAGCGACGUAAUGUACUUUCCAUGUUUACCAAUCCAAAUCAAAAGGGAAUAUUUACAGCUUUUGGCCAUCACUUAUUCAUGCCUGGCUUUGUUUUUUUUGGUGAGUGUGCAUCUUUUUCAGGGUCUCUACCUCAGUGAGGUCAUUGCAAACUUGCUGCAUGCAAGCUUCAAUGCAGGGCUUCCUUAUAACGCAAAACGGAGCCAUAACGCUCAAAAACUGCAGUGGUGCAAUAUUGAAUGUGAGCGUCCCAAAGCAUCGCCGCCCUUACACGAGCACUUAAAGGAGAGAGAGAGAGAGAGAGAAGUGUAUCACCAUUACGCUCCAUCUCCUUAGUCAGUCUUGUUUUCUUCCACUUAUUACGCUACGCACAAUCAGAAUGUUGAAUUGUAGAGAUUGUUUGAACUCUCCUUCCUGAGGGACUGUUUUAUAGACGCAUCUUUCUUUAACACCACGCUCCCCAAAGCUGUGUGACAAACCCCCAACACACACACGCACGCACACACACACACACACACACACACACACACACGCUUGGUAUCCUUGACUGCAGCUCUCGGGCAUUAUGAUGAACACAACAGUGCACAAUUUGCACAGCUACUUUUCUUUUUAGGAUUACUGCGCUUGCUGUUAGUAGUGAAUGUUAUUUGUUUUAUUUGAUGUAUAUAUAUUUUUUUUAAUAUUAUAUUUUCAAUUAUGCCAUUUAUUCAUUACCAUUUUUUUUUUUUUUUUUUUUUUUUACUAUUACGUAUAUAUAAUGUAUUAUUCUGGAUUAUUUUACUUUCUCAAUUGCUCCAGACAGAGUCACUGUAGCCAGGCUGGAACUUUAAUGAGUGA